AUGAAACUACACUACACUAAAAUAUUAUUAUUUUCCCUUCUAUUAAAUAUAUUGGCACAUAAUAAAAAUAAAUCAUACACCACUAUACAUACACCAAUUACUACAUCACGAGUGUUAAUCGAAUGUAACGUAUAUAUUCCCAAUUAUGAUAAUGAUCCGGAUAUGAAAUCUGUAAAGGAAAAUUUCGAUCGACAAACAUCACAACGUUUUGAAGAAUAUAAUGAACGUAUGAUAGAUAAACGCCAAAAAUGUAAAGAACAAUGCGAAAAAGAUAUACAAAAAAUUAUUUUAAAAGAUAAAAUAGAAAAAGAAUUGGCUGAAAAGUUUGUCACAUUACAAACAGAUAUAUCUAUCAAUGAUAUACCAACCUGUGUUUGCGAAAAAUCAGUCGCAGAUAAAGUUGAAAAAACAUGUUUAAAAUGUGGAGGUGUGUUGGGAGGUGGUAUUACACCCGGUUGGGGUUUGAUCAGCGGUAUUGUAUAUACUGGAUGGAAAGCAGCAGCGUUGGCAGCUGCUAAGAAAGCGGCUAUAGCUGAGGGUGCAGCUAAGGGUUUGGCUGAAGGUAUUAAGGAAGGUAUUCAAGAAGUCAUGAAAGGAUUAUGUAGAGAUUUUAGGUUAUCAGAAGUAGAUGUUAAGAAAUUGGGCUUAGUUUUUGAUGGAAAAAAUUAUAAUAAUACCGAAUAUAUUUUUAAAGCUAUUUUUUCAAAAUUUGAUGAGUCAUGUAUGCCAUCUAGCACUGGCGCUGUCCGUGGCGCUAGUGAGCCUAUUUGUAAUUCGGUGUGGAGCAAAUUUGUAUUUACAAAUCGUUCUUCAAGUAGAAAUUCAAUAAUAAAUGCUAUAAAAGAAAAUGUAGAAACUAUCGUCUCACAAGCCGAAACUACUGCUGGAGCAACUAAAGAAAUGGUAACUCAAGAAGUUACCUCCGCAGCUAUAAAAACCAACACUACUGCAGUAAACGCUACAUAUGCUAGUUGCCAGACUGUUAUUAUUGCUUCUGUCGUUGCAAUAGUAGUUAUAGUUUUAGUUAUGAUAAUUAUUUAUUUAGUUUUACGUUAUCGACGAAAAAAAAAAAUGAAGAAAAAACUCGAAUAUAUAAAACUACUAAAGGAAUAG